AGCACUUAUUAUUUUUUUUUAAGAAAUAUACAACAAUAGAAGCAUGCUAUUAUCUUGAUUUAUCAUCUAUUUAGUAAUAUCUUUGAUUCUGUAGUCAUGAAGUUACAUUAUCUAAUUUAUAUCUAUAAUUAUAUCCAUACUUCUAGUAUUCGAAUUGUAUCUGUAUUCGUUUAAAACAAAUAUGGAUAUGAAUUUUUACAUCCGAAUAAUAUUCAUUUCCAUAUUUGUAUUUGUUAGAUAAUAUGGAUAUGCUGGUAUCCUAUCCGAUUUCAGUCGACAUGAAUAUUUAGUUUAACAGACUUGGGGAAAAAAAGAAGAUAUGAUAUGGCUAGGAUACAAUAAUAGAUUUAUGUAUGUUUUACAUAUAUGUAAAAAGGAAUCUGUUUACAUAAUGGCACAAUAACAAAGUCCAUGCUCCAUUCAAAUUUUAAAUCAACACUCACAGCCUCCAUUGCCUGAAACAGGGGUUGUCCAAUUGUCCAAUUGGAAGAACAGGCGACCCCUCUUUUUCUCAUCAUUAUGUCGAUUCUGUCUUUGAGGCCGUGGUGUAGUCAUCGGAUUAUACUUCAGACCAAGGUUUGUUGUAUCAGUGUAUGCUAUCCUGUACUGAGCAUACUAACAUCGCGGGAAAGGAAGAACGGGUGAUUUGAUCAAUGAGGUUGCACUUCAAAAAUUAACACUCAAAUAGAAGUAAAUUGGAUUGACAUGGUGAAGGAAAUUCUCUUGAAAAAUUAUAUCGACAUGUCAAAAGGCUACCUCCGAUGUAUUAGAUUAUAGGACACAAUUCCUUAACCCUAAUUCAGGCAUUAAACCUGAUAUAGAAUUAUACUCAAAAUAGGACUCGAUAAUAAGGAAAUAUUCUAGAAUUAAUCUACUACAAAUAUGAAAAUGUCCCAAUUGGAAGUCUUCGCCUGUGAAUUUGCUGGCUCUUGCCAUGCUUGGCAUGGUCUAGCUAGUUAUAGUACUUGUUGGCUGCACCCUAUGCUACAUCAUGUACCAUACUGGUCUUGAACCGAGACUUGAUAUGAAGAUCGUAAUGAGUUUCGGUAUACCAAACUGACCCCCAUGCCGGGCAUACCGACACUGUACCAAGACGAUACUAAUAUGGUGUCCAGUGCCAAGAUGGUGAACCUUCAAACAUUUUAUCUUCUUCCAUUUCCAAUUUCCCUCUCAAUUUUUUUUGUUUUCUUCUCUGAUUCCCAGCUCCUCGCUUGGCUGUUGAGAAGCCCUUUUCCUCUAUGGUUUUACCCUUUAAAUGCUAUUAUGCAAAGGCAUGGAGCUGGGGAACUCUUCUCCUCUCAAUUUUUUUCUCCCCAGGGUCUUUUGAUUGCUUGGAAAAGGCCCUUCUGGUCAUUUGGAGAAAUUCACAUUUUCCUGCUGGUUGGACAAGGGAAUGUGAAGGUGAGUUCUACAAAUUUAGCUAAACUACAGAACCUCUUGUCCUUUCCUAGCAAAACCUAUUCUUUUUCCUUAUUUAAAACAUUCCUGAACAGCCAAGAAGACUUUAUACUGCUAUUCCUCAAAGGCAUGGAUGCUUCAAAUCGGCAAGACAAUCUUGGAAAUGCAUGCCUCACAAGUUUUUUCGUAACUGGAGCAUGGGACCACAAUAAGCUUCGGCAAUCACUGAAAGCUUAUCAAAAUGCUGAGAAGGAUGAAACGAUGAAAUCAAAUCCAGACCUGUACUUCAAUUGUGCCACUGCAAACAAGUAUUUAGAAAACUAUGAAAGGGCUCUUCAUGGAUUUGAAUCUGCUGCUCUUAAGGAUCCUAGCCUCAAUGCCCAUGAGGAAGUACAAAAGAUCAUCAAUCUUCUUGACAAGAUAGAGAGUUCAAUGAAGGGGCAGGUCAGAGCUAAACGACUAGCAUCUUUGGUGUCAUCCUUAGGUGAAGUUAAAUUGAAAAUGCACAGAAAAGCCACAAUUAAUAUCCUUGUGGAGGGUUUGAACAAAGCGGUAGCUAUGGUUGGGAAAGUGCUCAUCUUCAUAAAGCAUGACAAUAUAGCUCCACUGUAUUACUUAGCAUGUGACUUGGAUCAAACUUUUUUUAUUCUCUCUGUGUAUGGGCUGCAUAGUGAUGCGAUAAAAGAAGGAGAUCGAGUAACAUUGCUGGAACCAUAUAAGCGGUUGAUUGAUUUUUCAUGGAAUGGCAAACACUAUCAAUUCAAGUCAAUCCGUGUGGAUUUUAUGGAACAAAUUCUUGUGAAUGAAAAGGCACCAGCUCCUCAUCAUGCAGUCCGAGCCUACAUACAUGCGCAGCACAAACCAUGACCCAUCAUAUAUUUGUGGCUAUUCUCAGUUCCAUGUUUUUUGGUGUUGCAUAUGAAUCUGUAAAUCCCAACUUGUAAUUGGAUCACACAUGUUAUACCAAGGUAGCCAAAGUCAAUAUCUUUUGGUCCUCAGGCAACAUUUCCUUUAUUAGGAGUCAGAAUGCUAUAAAUUAGAACGUCCUAUGUUGUCGUCCUGUUUUAUCUGUAUGUUCUAUCUGAUUUUAUGUUUGUUUUUGGUGGUUAAUUGUAUGUCCAUUUGCCAGCUGUUUGGACGUCCAGUCAUCAACAGUAUCAACCUAUAUACACCCUUUCAUCCAGACAUGAAUGUGUACAAGGGUUUCAAUUGGAACUCUCAUAAAUGUGAUUUUUGGUGCUAAAAUUCGUACAUUUUUGGGGUAAGCCUAAAAUUCCUACUUAAAGUUGGCA